AUGGAUGGAGGACAGCCAGUCCCUUCUCCCCUGGUGCCCCUUGGGAACAUGUCAUCAGAUUCUAGCAUGUCUCUGGAGCAGAAAACCACAUUUGUUUUUGUGAUUUUGUUGUUUAUUUUCUUGGGCAUCCUCAUUGUCAGGUGCUUCCGGAUUCUUUUGGACCCGUAUCGGAGCAUGCCAACCUCGACCUGGGCUGACGGACUUGAAGGCCUGGAGAAAGGGCAGUUUGACCAUGCCCUUGCUUAG